AUGGACAUGAGGUAUGACGGGACCAAAGACCCUCAGGAACACCUCACCGCCUUUGAAGCAAGAAUGAAUUUAGAAGGGCUAGGCGACGCAGUGAGAUGCCGGGCAUUCCCUGUAACGCUAGCUGGCCCAGCGAUCCGGUGGUUUAACGCCCUCCCGCAAGAGUCCAUCACGGCUUUCGUAGAUAUCUCCCAAAGCUUCCUAGCUCGGUUCACAACACGCAUAGCUAAGGCUAAACACCCGAUCAACUUGUUAGGAGUCACCCAGAAACCUGGGGAACCCACUAGAACGUUCUUGGACAGGUUCAAUGACGAAUGCUUGGAAAUUGACGGUCUCACAGACUCGGUCGCCAGCCUCUGCCUAACAAACGGCUUGCUAAAUGAGGAUUUCAGGAAACACCUCACGACCAAGCCUGUGUGGACCAUGCAGGAAAUCCAGAGCGUUGCCAAGGAAUACAUCAAUGAUGAGGAAGUAAGUCAGGUCGUAGCAGCCAACAAACGACCGCCCCCUAACCCACCACCUCGGCAAACCCCCCAGGUCGACAGAUAUAAGGAGUCCCCCAGGGACGGAACUUCAGCCAAACAGCACAAGCAACAUCCACGAGUAGGAAAGUUCACAAACUCCACGCUACUUACGGCGCCCAUAGUAGAAUUCUACCAACAAAUUGCAGACAAAGGAAACCUAGCCAGACCUAGACCUCUGAAAGAGAGAACGGGAGGCAACAAAAACCUUUAUUGUGACUACCACAAGGGGUUUGGUCACAAAACACAAGACUGCUUCAACCUCAAGGAUGCCUUGGAAUAA